AUGAAGUUCGCCAAACAGCUAUGCCUCUUAUCUGCCACGGCUCUGGCUUCUAGUGCGGGUGACACCCAAUCUCCGAUUUCACUUCAAUCGCCGAGUACCCAGCAAUCAUCACCGUUACUUGAGCUACACAAAUCCCUCGUAGAGCAAGCGUCCAUUACAGGUUCAGAAAAGCCCGUCACCGACUUUCUCACGACCUACCUCGAAGAUGCUGGCUUGACUGUCGAGAAACAGGCCGUGGCCAAGGAUCGAGAUAAUAUCUUAGCCUACUAUGGAGAUAAGAGAAAGACUCGGGUCCUAGUGACGUCUCAUCUUGAUACUGUCCCGCCGUAUUGGCCGUACGAGAGGCGUGGUGAUGAGAUCUGGGGUAGAGGUACUGUUGAUGCAAAAGGCAGUAUAGCUGCUCAGGUCAUUGCGGUUCUGGAACUACAAGAAAAAAAGACCAUCAACACAGGAGACGUUGCACUUCUCUUCGUGGUGGGUGAAGAGACUGGCGGAGAUGGUAUGAAAGCGGCAAAUGAUCUAGGCUUGUCGUGGGAAGCCGUCAUAUUUGGAGAGCCUACAGAGCUUAAGCUCGCCAGGGGACACAAAGGUGGUUUGCGCUUUACCAUCAAAGCAAAAGGGAAGGCUGGACACUCUGGAUAUCCUGAGACUGGUAGCAACGCUAUUGAUAGUCUUGUCCGCGGGUUGUCAGCUCUCCAGCAAGCCGAUCUUCCAUGGAGCGAAGAGUUUGGCAACACAACUAUCAACGUUGGUACAAUCGAGGGAGGCGUGGCUCCAAAUGUCAUCCCAGCAGGUGCCUCUGCCGUAGGAAGUGCGAGGAUAGCGGCUGGAACUGCGAAGGAAAUGAAUCAUCUGAUCGCGAAAAUCGUCGAGGGAAGCGACGCGCACCUGGUGGUCGAGCCCAGUACAUAUGCUGUGGAUCCGAUAUCUCUUGAUCAUGAUGUUGCUGGCUUUGAUACAGUCGUCGUCAACUAUGGAACCGACAUUCCAUCUCUGAAGGGUAGCCAUAAGAAAUACCUAUACGGGCCCGGCUCGAUAAUGGAGGCACAUUCUGAUCAUGAGCACUUGACGGUAUCAGACUUAGAGGACGCCGUGGAAGGAUACAAAAGACUGAUAUCUCACGCUCUGUGUGGAUCCGCACAAGACUAG